AUGUCGCCGCCAACAGACACAACCAUAACUACGCCUAUUCCUUCACCCACCCUGAAUCCCAAGUCCCUUAGCACCGCAAGAAAAUGCCUCAUCCUUUUCAUUGUCAGCUGGAACACUUUGGUGGUCACUUUCCUCAGCACAUCACUCCUCAUCGCGACGCCCGAGAUCGCAUCCGACCUAGAAACCACAUCUGAGAUCCUCAACAUCACUAAUGCCGCUGUGCUAAUCGCGAUGGGCUGUUCCUCACUAAUCUGGUCUCCACUAGCCGAGAUCUUCAGUCGAAAACGUAGCUACGAUGCUGCGACGGCGGUCAUGCUGCUUGCCUCUAUUGGGACCGCGCUGGCACCGAACAUGGCUGUUUUCACAAGUAUGCGCGUGAUCUCGGGCUUUACGGGAACGUACUUUAUGGUUGCCGGUCAGACGGUCAUUGCAGACAUUUUUGUGCCGACAGUGAGAGGGCGUGCAGUGGGCUGUCUACAGGUGGGGAGUGUGGCGGGGAGUGCCUUAGGCCCCUGCAUUAGCGGGGUGAUCGUAACAUUCGCCCACUGGCGCGAUAUCUACUGGCUGCAAGUCGCCAUGGCAGGGCUGGGCUCUGCACUAUCCGUGUUUGCAAUCCCCAACAUUCAAAGCGAAGUGAAGCAGCUGUACGAGGAAAAAGCAGAGCUAGACUCGGGAUCAGACACUAUCCCGCAAAGAGUUUUCCAAGCCCUCGCCCGCUUCAACCCCACGAAGGUGUUAAAACUAUACCUCCUUCCGCAAAUCCUCCUCUCCGAUCUCAUCUGCGGCUUUCUGGCAAUCACGCAGUACGGCACUUUGACUUCGGUUAGGCACGUCAUCAAUCCGCGCUUUGGGUUUACAACGCCGCUCGUCAGUGGGCUCUUCUAUCUUGCCCCGGGGACAGGAUUCAUCGUGGGGAGUUUAGUGGGCGGGCGGUUAUCAGACCAUACGGUGAAACGGUAUAUCAGAAAGCGAAAUGGCCUGCGUCUACCCAAGGAUCGAUUGAACAGCGGAAUCGUCUAUUUCUUUGCGGUAUUGCCGAUCUCAAUGGUUCUUUAUGGGUGGUCUCUACAGAAGCAGUUUGGAGGGUUGGCCUUGCCGAUCAUACUGGCUUUCUUGAUUGGUGCUGGGUUAAUGGGAGCGUGGAACGGGUUGAAUACGUAUUCUGCUGAAGUAAUUCCCUCUCAACGCGCCGAAGCUGUCUGCAGCAAAUAUAUCCUGCAAUAUAUGUUUGGCGCUACGGCUACCGCGGCAGUGGUGCCGCUGAUAGAUGCUAUUGGGAUUGGGUGGUCUUUUACGAUAUUGAGCUAUGGCCAGGUCAGGGUUAUUGUCUCUGACCGCAUGGUAUCCCCCGCAUGUUCAAUCGAAUUCAUUGAAGAGAAGACUUCCAAGUCAAGCAAUCCUUCACAUAUGGGAGAUGCAACGCUGGCAGGGUUAUACCGUUCAGGCCGGUGA